AUGAUAGGUGGUCAUAUUUUAGGACGUAUGGGAUGGAAAAUGUUGGAAUGUGAUAUCCAGUGUUGCAAUAGUAGCAACUGUAAUGAUGUUGGUAAUACAUGAAUCUUAGCCUAAGGCCAGGGGUAAUUUUACAGGGAUUUUAAAAAAGAUAAGCUUAAAUUUUAUUUAUGCCUCAAUCGUCUGCGGAUGUGGCUCAUAGUAGGAGAGUGGCCCAUACAAUAAGCGAUCGGUUCUUCGUAUUUCCUUAAUAAGUAAAAAAAUAGGCGAUGAUAUCGUCUAAAAACAUUAACGUUGUCUCACAACAAUGUUGUGAACAACAUCGUUUUCUUUCCAAUUGAUACUCAAAAUGUACCUUAUCCAUUACAGUGUCAAUUCAAAAGCCUCUUCCGUCUCCUCUCUUGCCCAUAUCAUUUAGCCUGCGUUGCAGCCAGCCCACGCACUUGUCUAAACCAUUUGUUUAUAGCGUCUAUAACGCAGGAAAAUAGGGAGUUUAAGAUCCAACGACGCGGACGACAACAAGAACGUCAAAAAAGCAACUGGUUUAAUUAGCAAAACAACAACUUCGCACGUGCAACACACUUUUUGUUCAUUUCUUUCCCGUUUUUGCUCGACUACGACGUAAAAAUGCCUAAUUUCGCGUUUUAUGGAGGACGUAAACAAGCAACGACGAAAUUUUAUUUCUCUUUCUGAGCUUGAAUAUGGUCCCUUGAAAUUCAGCUUCAGGAGGGCUCGCCUACAAUUGACAAAGUAAGUGGGUAGGAAUAAUCGCUAUAAAGACUGAGAAAACUCAAAUUCACUUUUUAAGCGACGUUCUUGUCGCCGUCGCGCCGUUGGAUCUUAAAGUCCCUCAUAUCAUUUAAAUCAAAGACUUUUAAUUUCUAAUGCCACGCCCUACUGCGUGGGGUACCCCUUACAGUUUGCUAAACAAGCCGGUACAUUUUCCCUAAAUCUCCCUUAGCUUUUCUGACGCACAAUGGGUCUUUCAAAGGAUCUAAUGAAAAGAAAAACAAAAGUCGUCAAGUACCUUAGUGGGAUUUAAUUUCGCUGGUCUUUUAUUUCGUGUUUUUUGGCGAUUGCAAAUAAAUCGCAGAAUCAAAGACCAGUGUUAAAACACGCAAAAUUCAAUACCCAUAUAAGAAAUCGAAUUUACAGAACAAAAAGUGAUGUGCGUGUAAUAUCAACACAAUGAUAUCUAUCGAGAAAUUCACAAAUUAUCGAAUGAUUUUUCUGGUGAUUUCCAUUUUGUAUCUUCUGUUGUGAAGUAACGUUAAUUUGUAAAGAUUUCACACGGAGUAUACAAUCUAGUAUGUACUUAUAAUCUCCAUCUGAAUCGCUUUGCUUGUUCCAGCUAAUCUAGAAAAUGUAAAAAGUUCAGACUUUUUGAGAAACAAAAUGUAACUGAGAACGCUUGAAUCGCGAAAUUUAAUGCCUUUUUUCAUAUUUAUCUAUUGAAAGAUAGUAUGGACUUAAUGCGCCUUGUAUUGUACUUUGCUUCAAUCAGCCUUUUUUUCCAUUUGGGAAAGGUACUUAGAAGCCUAGAGACCGAUGGAAACUUUUGAACUUUUUUUUAAACAAUUUUCUUUUCUUCAGAUGCCUGUUAGGGCAAGAGAGAAUAAUGGGCAGAGAGGGAAACGCCCUGUCUAGCCGCUUGGGAUAUUUGAAUUUCACCAAAGUUAUUUUAAGACCAAUUUUAAUUAAUUAAUUGAAAGUUUGUUUCCGGAGAGUUCGGCAAACUUUCAGUGAAAUCGAGAGAGAAUUUAACAGUCGCAUUUACCGUAUACUUCAAUGUUUGCUUUGAGGCAGUCGCACGUGGACUUAAUAACGUUUCAAACAAUCGAUUAAAAUGUGUGGACGUCUCAGGAAUUAGACUUCUGUUUAAUUACAACCUCUAAAAGUAACUGUAGUGAAAUUCACAUAUCCCGGCCAGCGCCCUAAUAUUCCCCAUCUGUCCGAUUAUUCCCUCUUGGUAAUGGAGGGUAAAUGACCAUAACCUGUAGAAAAACUAGCCGUAAAUGCCUCUGUCCCAUUAAUUGAGACCCUCUAUUCUGUCUUGACAGCUGCAGAUCUACCGACAUGUACUCAUUGCGAGGGUAUCUGCUCCGACAAGGAUCCUCACCAAGCUUGUUCGCUAAAUCCAGCGUUUGGUUCGCUUGGAACAACUCAUUGUGGUUCUGUAGUAGGUAGAUACCUGGACGGCUCCGGAAAUGUUAAGGAUUUGGCAUAUCGAGGAUGCUUUGACUGCGCUAGUAAGUCAGUAAUAGCUACUUUCGACUUCAUUUUGAUAGGUCAGACUUUUCUAUGAGCAGCUAUAUAUUCGGCAACGUUUUGACUGUUAAUCACGGGUUCACUUUCGAAAUAUUAAAAAUCAGCAUGAUAGAGAGUCUUGGAAGACACAAACAAAGAAAAUCAAUAAACCAAUGUUCAUUGAUUUUGUUUGUUUGUGUCCUAUAAGAGUCGUUAUCAUGUUGAAUUUCAAUGUAUCGAAAGAGGUCUGUUGAAUCAAUUUUUUUUCCUGAAAAAACCGCUUUUUGUGCAGUAUCCUGUUACUCUAUCAAAAAUGUAUAUAUUUAAUUGAAAGCACUGACUCCACACUUGAUAAAGGAGGGCUAAAACACACUGAAAAGAAUAAGUGACACCGAAAUUAAGCCUGAAGAAAAACUGAUGCCACUAGCCAGUCUAUAGUCUUUUGCACACUGCCUUAACUACUCUUCUGUUUCAGUGAGUCAUUUUUAAUUCACUAGCUGAGUAAAAUUUAUCUUUAGACAGUGACCUAGGGAAACUAUAGUUCGCGAGUUCAAAAACAACCUUUACAGACUGCUGCAGUAAAGGUCACCGUAAACUCUGGAUCUCUUUCCUUACUGAGUCACGUAAAAUUAUUAAAAUACGCGACAAAAUACGAAAAGUGAUCUUAUAAACGACAGGAGUCAAACAAAAAUUCAUUCCCCAGGGUCCAUAUUCAGAUAUCACACUAACAAAGGAAGAACACCUGAGUGAGACAUUUUUUAAUUUUUGCUGUAGACAAAAAAGCGGCUUGUUUUGCUCUUGGGGGUUAUUUGAAAAGGGCAAGGUCAUGGACUUUGCUGGACUGUGAGAUCAACUGCUGCACUGGGAACAACUGCAACACACAAAUACCGACCGGGGCGCCAUCAGCUAAUGCAAUCACGGUAUUCGCACCAUCAGGUAAAGAGGUAGUUUUAGUACUGUUUAAUAAAUUCAGCUUAACAAAUGUGUCAAUUCAUUUUAGGAUGAACUAGUGACUAAGUCGGGAUCGCGAAAAUGACAUCUGCCCAAAUCUGUCAAAUAUGGGGUAUAUAAUUGGCCAAAGAAUAGACUACAAUGGGGUAGGGGUUCUGAGAGGCCAGCGGUACAUACCCAGCAAAAAUUGACCCAAGUAACCCCCGUUGGCAGCGGGGCUUCUACCUUUCGCUCGGUCCCUUCUCCGUUUUUAUGAAGUGAUUUUAUAGAAUUAAUUUAAUUAUGGCCUUUUCUUUUCGUUUCGACUUAGCGUCUGGACCAAAACAGUGCUAUGAAUGUGUGGGAAAUAAUCAAUUCACCAAUUGCUCGAGGCCCGAGCAUCUGCGGUCCCAGUCUUGCGCUACAGGUCUAUCUUCGCUCGGUACCACUCAUUGUGGCUCCGUGGUCGGGAAAUAUCAGGACGGCAAUGGAAAUAUCGUAGAUGGCUCUUUUCGAGGAUGCAUUGAUUGUGCUGGUAGGAUAAAUAAGUAAAUAUACCAAAUAAUAAAUUUGAAUGAAAAAUGGAAUGCCUGUUGUGAAAAUAUUCCAAGAUUGGAAAACAAACUAAAAAUUAUUUAAAUCUGGAUUUUAUCGAGACCAUACAUGAGACCAUAUAUUACUUCCAUUGACUGCUUUUAAUAACGGCGGGCUACAUGUAACCUGAAAAGCAAAACUGCUGCAGGGAGCUCGUCCGCGUCGCAAAACGUUUUGCCCAGAAUGGGUGUGUACCGGCUAUAAUUCGAUGGAGUGCGCCGUUCCUAAAAUACCGUAAAAUCUUUAACAAUGAAGGUUUAGCAUGAGAUGCAGCUUCUCAAUAAUUGACAUUAUUAUAUAUUCAAAAUAUUUCUCUUUGUCUGUUUGGCUAAAAUCCCAAGGAUAUUUCUUUAUAACCAGCUAGCGUUGACCACAUUUGGAAGACGUUUGCGAUAUGUGGAAAAUGACGUCAAUACCGGAUAGGGCUUCUGUUUACAUAUAAAAACGGUGAUUCAACAGAUUUGAAAGGAUUAUUUGAAUUGCUAAUUACAGAUAAGAAUGCGGCUUGUGCUGCUGUGGGUGGUUUUUUCAAGGGAGAUCGUCGGAGACUGACCCAGCUGGAGUGCGCAGUCAUAUGUUGCACGGGUGAUGACUGCAACAAAGUCAUCAUGCCAGUCCUAAAAGCAGGUAUUUUGCAUGUAAAAUUUCAUUUAAUAGAAACGUUUUCUGAAACACCCUUAAGUUGUAUAUCAAAUAGGAGAUUACUGUUCCACAUAUCCAUCAGCGGGAAAGGAAAACGAAACCUUGGUGUCGCGGAGUGUUAUGGACGAAGGUUGAGGAGUUUGAUAUUGAAUAAUGAAACACUCUUUCUAUAGUGCUUGAAAUAACUUCUCGAACAAGACAAUUUUAAAGGAUAUAUCGAAGGACUAGCUAGAGCUCUGUCUCGGGACUGCCUUUUUUAAUCCUUGGAUGCGGUUAUUUCCAGGGUAAAAUCAGGGCCUGUUUCCCUAUAAUAACCUAUAUGGGUAGGCUCCGCUCGAAAGGGGUACCUUUUUUUAGGCUUCGGGUAUAUCAAAGGCUAGGGAAAUCUGUCAUUCAGGUCUUCAAAAAGACCCCAAAGGGUUGACAGAUGCUUUUAAUGGCUGUGAAAAAGUCCAGAAAACAUUCUCGUUUAAUUUUUUAAUUAAUUCGUGUUUAAAGGACAUUGCAAAUACAGCACUUCAGAGGGAUGCAAAAUUAUAAACUAUCCGUGUGAAAGGGAUAUCACUUGUCAAUAGAAGGUAUACUGAAGGGGUACCAUUUCUGUCAAAAAUAACAAGGGUAAAGGGUUGGACUCUGGGCGGAGCCUCCCUGUAUAAACUUUGUUGAGUACCCCCUUACCGGGGGGCUGUUCUUGUUUAACGCGUGAAAAAUUGAGUAAGAAAGAAAAAACAUCCUAUUAUCAUUCGAUGCAAAUAUUUCUUCCUUUACAUUGGCUGACAGCCCACCACGUGACCUGCCAAUAACUGCCUACAAAUAAUGGUGUGCUAACGCACAAUGUCAUUGAACUGUUUUUGGCUGAAAAUACUAUUCUGCUCAUGCGUAAAUGAAACCACGCUUUUCUCCUUCUUCCGAUCGCUCCGGCUUGAAAAUGGCAUAUCGCUUCGCUUCCCGAAGAUAUUCCUUAAAAAACAAACUCGGUGAUCGAAUGAUAAAAAAAUUAUUGAACUCAGUUUUCGCAAAAUAUCGUGAUUUGUCGGUGUCUCGGAGAUCAAUUAUUUGCUACUGCUCGACACUGACAAAUCACGUUAUUUUGCUCAACCUCGUCCAAUAAUUGUUAAUUAUCUGUAGUGAAAGUUACCUAUUACAGAACAAAUUUGAUUAUGAAAUAGGCCAAGGUUAUGAGGUUUUUUCAUGUGGUAUAUAAUUUUUUUCAGAGAGUAGUCCAUCACCAUCACAAAGUUCAGUUGCUGGCGGUCCAUUUCCAACUACAAAAGGUUCUGAGGCUGGCGGUCCAUCACAAAGUUCCGACGCUGGUGGUCCAUCACCAAGCUCAGCUGCUAGAAAAGAAGGGCACCUUAACUCAAGAGCGUGGCUCUUUUCAUCCACAACUCUUUUUAUCUUUUCUCAAGUCAAACCGUGGUAGACACUUACACAUGCAAGCGAAAAGUCUCCUUAAGUUGACGCAUUGAGGCGCACGCGAAAUACGUAAUAAGAACUGUUAUUAUUAUCAUUAAAAUCAUUUUUGUUAUUAAAGUAGUCUUCUUAAGUUGUUCAACGCCGGAAAAACCUGCUGACUUAUAAGUCCUUUCUGCUUCAGUCGUACUCUCCAGCGUAAAACCGGUCGUCAUUUCCGGUCCUGUUCAAACAGAUUCAGUUUUUGGUCACUAUCGUGUCAAUGCGUGGGUUUAAAUGGACCUCAACUCGAUCUAAACUAUCUAUUUCAACACUGAGCUAUUGGGUAUUUACCCAACUCUUUCUCUAAUUCAGUAGUAGUUUGUGUACAUUGGUCCAUUAAAUAAAGCCUGUUGUUAUAUUCCUAGAAUUUCACUCAACUAAACAGGGACUGCCAUUGGUUGAUUCUUGGUCACGUGGCCUUGACUAAAAUCAAAUGUAUCCCGAUCGUAAUACAUUAAACAAUGUAUCCCGCUCGGGAUACAUUGCAGCACGUGAUCAAAGCAUGGUGGAAAGUGGCGUGACAGAAGGCGGGAAAAACACCGCCAGGUCCUGCCGGUUUUCUUUUUCGUGAAUGAACACAACAACACAUUCACGAAGCCUCAAGCUAAAAAGCAACGAUUUUUAAAGUUAUCCCAGAAGUUCCCAGAAGAAAAACAGCAGCUAGUGGAGGAAAAAGAUGCAGAUGAUAUACGGAAAGUACUUUUGUUUGUAAAUCAUUCAUUCAGUGGUUUUGAGAAUUAAAUUUGUGUUGUUAUAAGUACCGAGUCGACUGUUUUGGUUCGUUUUCGUUCGCUCCGGUUAUUCUUUUGUUGCUGUUGAAGUGAAAGUUCUAGAAAUAUAACAAAACACUUAAUGUCAGAUCCCUCGGGAAACCAGUUAGUUUUGUUUUCCCUCGAGUCCUGAUGUUUCCCUCGACUUCAUCUCGGGAAACAUCAGGACUCUCGAGAAAACAAAACUAACUGUUUCCCUUGGGAUCUGACAUUAAGUGUAUAUUAUUUCACGAAGACACUACUUGCCUCUAAGUUGCUAUAGCAAUGUUAUAACCCGUUAUAAACACCAUGAUCGUACUUGUACUUUUUCUCAAAAUUUAAGCCCGAGAUGUCUGUCAAGAGGCCAGAGCCACUUUAAAUAUGAGAAAAAGAAAAGCUGGUGAACACACUACAGUAUUGCAAACAGUCGCCACGGUGUUUUCUGACAGUUUUUUGGGUUGUAAACUACUUAAAUGAGAACCAGCCUGUUACUUAAUUUACUUCCAUUUUCCCUCCGGAUUAAUAAACACUAGACGUUAGAAAUACCGUCGAAACUCCCUAAAGCGACCACAUAAAAUGUGAAGAGGUAGUGGUGGCUUACGGGAAAGAGUCGAACUGCAGCAGAUCUUUUACGAGGAGGAGUCCGGACACACCCGACCUUCUGUAGAGAGCGGUUCUGCAUGAAACUUUUAGGUUACAAUAUAUGUAAAUCCAUGUUGUUUCUAAAAGUUCUUCUCGUAAAGGGUAGCGUAGUACAUACAGCGAACACAAAGAUCAGACCAUUGUAUAAAGUGGUCACUUAGAAGAGGUCAACUGAAAGCAAUAGAAAAUUCUAAAACUGUCAUCCUUAAAAGUGGUAGCGGUCGCUUACGAGAGUCAGUCGUUCCAAUUAUAAGGCUUUGACUGGGAAAAUUUUAGUGUUUUGGAUAAGUUCGACUGUAUAUUAAUUGUACUUGAAAUAACGAAUUUGAGCUUUCUCCGGCACAAUCCUUCCCUUACGAUGUUAAGCGAAGCACCGAAUUGUCUACAGAAAGCUUACCCCCAAAAUCCGAAAAUGUGCGACCCCGUGGGGAAAUGCCAUUUCCUAUUGUAACUCCAAAACUGUCCAGUUUGACAUGUCCGAUUACUAGGAGCUUGAAAUUAGAAGCUAUUAGACAGGUCAAUCGGAAAGUUAAAGAACCGAUGAAAAUCAAGUAGCAAAUGCCAUUAGCCAAUGAAAGUUAACUACAUAGCACAUGAUAACAAAUCAAAAUCAAUGAAAAAAUAGUGACCAGGUAAGCUGUCCAGCUUCAACUGGAAAAGAAAAAUAGACGAAACUAACUGGUCCAGUUAGUUAAUCUGAUUGUAGCCCUGAAAAAAUUUGAAGGAAAAAACUACGAAUUUUUAAGAAAAUGCUUUUUUCGUGAGAGGGACUCUUAAACACUGACAAACGUCAACAAAUAGCUAAAACUAUAAUUUCUAUGUGUUUGCAUUGCUCGAAAUCGUGCGCAUUUCAGACCCUAAAGCUUUUUGCUGACUUGCAAGGACCCAGGCCAUCUGUAAUAACGAUCCCCAAAAUAAAGGAGUAAAUCUCAUAGUUUACUAGAUAUAAUCGUGUAAAGUUUGCUUAUCAUUUUCGCAUAAAUUAUGAUCUAAAUUUGGAAACCGCUGAAUUUCUCUCAUUGGGUCUUUGCGAUUUUGGUAAAACUCUGUUCAACACAAGGCACUAUCAAGGCAGGCGGGCAGGUUAUUCAUGUAAUAUAUCAAACAUGAGAUGCAGUGUUUCAUCACCAGAUGAAACACCGAGAAGAGAGUUGAAAAUACGACGCGCAGCGGAGUAUUUUUGACGAACUUCGAGGUGUUUCAUCUGGUGAUGAAACACUGUGUCGAAUGUUUGAUAUUUCUUCUCAAACAAAAUCAUUUUUGAAGGAGAAAUUAAGGAUGCAAAUACUAAGCACUGUUUCAUCCGAUUUCCAAACACUCAUUAAACAUUAAUUUCCUUUGUAUUUUCUUAAUGAAUUAUUAAUGCAUUUGAGAAGCUAUAUGUUAGACUUACGAUCAAAGUAAUGGUGGGGAUACCAGAGAGCGUCAAAGUAGGAUGGUACCCUCAAAAAAUAACUGUGUUGAGUCACCUUAAGUUUCCUUUUUCCCGCCGAAACUGACGUUCUCUUACCAGUCCUUUCCCAGUCAACAGACAUCGUCGUCGUGAACUUUGUCGCGAUUUUCAAGUUCCCUGCUGUCAACAACGGGACAAGACUCACUCAAAAGAUCAUAUUCCACUUAUUUAUGAUAUGAUUCCUGGGUUCAAACCGUUCACUGUUGUUUUUUUUCCGGUGUGUUUCUUAUAACUUGACAUACUAAUAUAUCGGAAGCAAAUUUUCUGGACCAUGCAUCUAACUCUUUAUAACAACUAAAUUAACGCAUAUAUUGAAAACGUGACAACAUCUCAGGCAUCAAAAAUUCUAUGAUCUGUAUAACACCCUAAAAGUCUUUUAAAAAGUUCAUGAAUUAAAUAGAUAACUACGAAGAUUAAAAAUUAGCAUUGCUGGAGGCCUUCUAGGUGAUUGUGUAACUUCACUGGAAAGCACAUUCCUGAGUUUACCAGGAAAAAAAUGAACAGGAAUAUCUCCAAGUGAACUCGCACUGUUAACAAAAAACAAAUAGCUAUCAUAACCUAGCGUUCACCUUCAUGCUGGCCGGAAUAUGAAAUAUAUCGGAAUAAAUACGGCAUUCAAUAGACAGCUGUGGAGACUUUAAGCCAAUGGUGUUUCACAAAAGAUUUGAUUUUUUUGGAAUGCAGCUUUUUGAACCGUUGCCAAAUAAAUUUUUAACUCUUUUAGAUAAAUACUCCGUAACUCUCCUAAGUUAUGUCGUUAAAUAAUCAUUGAUAAAAAACUAAUUGAGAAGUUUACUUGUUUGGUGCUUAUUAUCAGGAAUUAUUUGCCAUCAUUAGAGAGAUCUAGAAUCACGUUAACUUAAAGACAAACGGCAAACGCCAGAUUCAAGUUACAAAUUUUCUUAAAAUAGGAAAUGAGCAGAUAAUACUGAUCUGUCCAAAAUAUUUCUUAUGGAUGAAAUUGACACGAAAAAACUGAUUGAUUUCUGGGAAGAUAUCAUGAACACUGAAUGAAGGGCGAUGGAAAAACUGGUCACCUGGUACGACUUGACGUGUGGCGUUUACCGUAAAUUUGGUUCUAAAUCUCUCUAUCACUCUGAAAACAACCUUGACACUCAAAAACAAAUGAGAACACUACAGGUCAUACAUUGCUUUCAACUGCUAAAAACGUAGCAAGUUCAACGUUCUUGAGGUUCUGAAAUGGGUUAAAAAAAAAAAAAAAACAAGCCAAGCUAAAAAGAUCCUUCACCUUUGAUGAACUAGUUAGUGCAAAAGGUAUAAAAUUGAAAGCUACAUUAAUAAACCUUAUUCAUUUGAUACCCGCUAUCUUUGGUGUUCGCGCUCAAGGACUGAUGGGAUAGAAGCGAUGUCACGUGGUUUCCCACGGGGCAAACAAGUAAAUCUGUCAAUGCAAGAAAUCUUGGUCAAGUUUGUUUAUUCUAGACAGAAAAUGACCGAAGAACUUUUUAUCUUUAAGGCAGUAAUGGCAAAUUAGGGGUGGAAUAACGACUGUAGUUGUCCUCACAGCAAGCGACAAUGGCAUAAAACUUGUCGAAACUCGAACUGUACGUAAAAUCGUCGUCUUGUUUUGUAGAAUAAACAAACUCCACCGCGAUUAUUCGUAUUGGUAAAUUUUAUCACUCAGAAAGUGCGUGUAAAGAUGGCGAGUACCGUGAAUAGGGCGGUCUAUUAAACGGUAGUCUCCUCCGCAUCGUCACCCAAAGCUCCUCCCCAUUAGACUAAUUAAACGGGGGAACCCAACUACAUUUUUCUGUAAAAUGAAUGUUCAAACUGAAGCAAAUUAUUAUAUACGCUACAAAUUUCUGCAUAACCGUUCCAUUCAUCUGAUAUAUUCGGAGUAUUCCUACUAACUUGCGAUUUUCUGACGAGGCGUUUUUCAGAUUUUCUUACCAAAGCAAGAUACUGGGAUUAUUGUUUAAAAAAAAAAUAGGGUUAGAUACAUUAUGCUCUAAAAUUUGAGCAUUAUACUUUUGAACGACACCCUCAAAACAACAGCAUUUUGCCUAAAAUUAUGCUUGAAAAGAAGCAUUAUCCUCAACCAAGAGCUAUCACAGGACACCGUCCUAUUAUGGCUCUUGCCUCAACUGAUCUUGGCUGUAUUGCCACACACAUUAAUACAACAUUUUAUUGCAUCAGUUACAAAUUUCGAACUGGCAGCAAUUAUGGAUAGACAAUUGGCCAGUCUUAGCAGCCUAACGAAAUGAUGCAACGGUGCAACAAGACAUUGAAAGUAUUAAUCAAGCCUCUUUGAAUAUGUUAAUCCUCACUAAAAGCAUUUGGAAGUAAAAAUUUCUCAGCACAGUUAAGGAAAUAUAUAUUUUCUUCAUAAUCAUUCUCUUUCUGCUGAAAAUAUGGCCAUUAUGCCGGUAUUAUGCUCGAUGCUCCGACUAUAGCAUAAUGUCCAAAAUUAUGCUUGCAUAAUGUAUCUAACCCUAUUAAAGGUCUCCUGAAAAUCUCGGUACGAAGACAAAAUGCUCACUUGAACUUUCUUUUGAAAGUAUGGUCACUCCCUGACCUCGAACUUUCGACCGGACCCAUCAGAGUGGCCAACAUGCAGUUUCCAAGGAGAAGAAAAAGCCGCCGAAAACUUUCGAGACGGCCAAAGUUUCUUUAAGACAUUCAAUAACAAUAAUAAUAAUAAUUUAUUCAUUUAUAGUGCGCUUUUUAACAUGCUAGGUGAUCAAAAGCGCAUUACAACAAUAAAUAACCUAAAAACUAUACAAAUAUUAAAAGUAUACAAAUAUAUUUAAUAUCUAAGAGAUAUUAAAAGCUAAUUUAAGAGAAGAGAAGUUUUUCAGGAGUGUAGCUAAAUGUCGUGGGUCGUGGGUAGUGGGUAGAGGUCGUGGGUCGUGGGUCCUGGGUGUGGGUGUGGGUAAAUGUCGUGGGUAAAGAAAAAACUUUUCCAAAAAAAUUAAAAAGCAAAAAGGUGUAAACUUCAUGAAAUGAAAAUCUCCGCGUACAUACCAGUCCUAUUCCCUCCCCUUGGUCAGCAAAGCAAAUAAGCGGAUCCUUUAGACGAAACGGACACCAAAAAGGCAUUUAGGUGAAACAUAAAAGAAACUUUGUACACUAUGUAAACCUAAAACAGGCUAUAAAAUAACCGGAGACUGAAUUGCUUUUUCUCAAAGAAGUCAACAUUCGUGGCUGAAUCGUCCUUUCAGUUUAAGGGAUGAUAUUCAGAAUCGUUACGUUACAGCAAUGAUUUUGUAGAGAACAAAAAAGAAUCGAGAAAAUUAUAUUUCCUUACGGCAAUAAAAUUUACAUAUAUGCAGUCUCAGCCUUAACUUGAAAGGUUGAGCAUGAAGGUGGUUCCUUUGUAAAGCUAGCCUAAGACUUCUUUAAGAAAGACUUCCAUCAAGAAACAUGAAAUACCUCAAAAUUGUCCCUUUCCCCUCCCCUUUCCCACGGUGAUUGCAUUCCAUGGUGUUAAAAAAUCUCCGCUGAUCAUUAGAAUUGUAGAUCGAAUAAAGAUUAAUAGUGAGCAGCUACUUCCAUUCAGCGAGUCAGAGCAGUCCCUUACUUUCUGCAAAUUGCACGUUAAAUUUACGCCUGUUUCGUUUAUUUUCGCCGCGAUUGCUCAGGUAUGCAUAAAUCUUCAUCGGCAACAUAUAAUGUCUUUUCAGUACAGUGAUGGUGUGAAAGGGGAUCCAAGUCCCACGUGGCAAAGGAAAUAUCAGGAAGAGGACGAAGAAGAAGCCGUGACGAAAAGGGCAAUCAAGGAGUUGGGGAUCUUCGUUUUAUAAAUAUUUUACAACUUUUUUCUAUUUAUUUUUUUCAAUUACUUUACUUUAUCAUUUUUUUCUAUACUUUUUUUACCCACGACAUUUACCCACACCCACGACCCACGACAUCUACCCACUACCCACGACCCACGACAUUUAGCUACACUCCUGCUAAACACAGCCGACAUUUACGUUCACCAAUCACAGGCCGUUUACGGAUUUUUGUAAAACGUAACUCGAGCCGCUUCUUAAGAUUCGCACGAACAGUGGGGCUUUUUAUCGAGUGUGCGAGAAAUUUGUAAUUAAAUACAGAGUUCAACAUGUACAAGUACCAGAGAGAAGCUAUCCUGCAAAUUUCAUAGCGAAGACCGAUGAGUUCAUAAAUUUGCCGGCGGGAUUUGGCAAAUCCCUUGUCUAUCAAGCUUUGCUGCUUGUUUGCGACACAGUGCGUUUCUCUCCUGGUAAAUCUUGAAAGAUCAAUCUACAAAGCUGGAAAAUAUUGGUAUUCCUGCUGUAACGCUCAGUGAUAUUAGCAAAGAGAAUAUGAGGGUUGUCGAAAGAGGGACUUUCUCUGUUGUUUACGGAAGCCCAGAAGCUUGGUUGAAGAUCGAUCGGUGGAGGAAAUGUUAGCGAGUGACUUGUACAGUUAGUAUCCUUGGUCGGCGACUUUCCCGAGCAUGAUUAAAUAUUUUAUCGAGAAAUAAAAUACAGUGAACAAUGAAAGGUUCAAUGAUUUAUAGAUUAUAAGCAUUCUUUCUUUCUUUGAAGGAGCGAGAUUAAAGUUUGUUGACAUGUAGAUUAAUUUGUCGUUCUAGCUUGAAGUUUGGACUUCGGCGGCACCAUGGUCAUGUUUACUUAGCUUGUGAAUAAAUAAACGCAACGGGAAGACGUGCUUUUUUGCAGAACAAGUAACAACUUCCGAAAAAACUAUACAGCUGACUGCAGCUUUAUUGCAUCGUUUCUGUGAUUUUUUCAUAACGUUUGAGUCGUCUCAGGUAGAAGACAGGGGCACCCAACGAGGAUAUAGUUCAAAACCACUUAACAUAGCAUUGUUGAACGUAUUUUAGUAUUUAAACGAUAGAUAUAGGCAUAUUUUUAUCCCCUAAAAACUUUUCAUCUGUUCGGAUUUUCUAGCUGAAAGUCUAGUGAUCCGAAAAUCAUAGGGAUGAAAACUCACCUUCUCGAAAAUUUCAGCCAGAAAAAGGCUCCCGAAAAUUCUAGGUGGCCUUUUUUAGGGUCAAAAUCCGUUAAAAAUGGGUAAUUAUACCAUUUUGUAGAUGUUCGAAAAUCCUAGGAGAGGCAGGCAAGCAAGAAAUUUUACAACAAAUGUUCCGAAAAUUCUAGAUCUCAAAUCGUCUUCCAAACAGAUGUUUUCCCGAAAACUGCCGUUUGGUGCCCCUGAGAAGAUGGCGGUGGAAAUAAAUAAUUCACUUGAGAAUACAAAGACACAUCAACGUCCAGAGCACACUUGAUGAGCCUUGCGAUGUCGGCUGCGCUUUUUCUAAACACACGAACUUGGUCCUUUCCUAAAUUACAGCUGCAAAGAAAACAAAAACAUUCGCUUCUUAUAACUUUCUUCGGAGUCUCAUCCAUGCUUAGCCGUGGAAUAAAUAUUCCUCUAAAAAAGCGAGAAAUGAUUCGUAGGUGCCGUUUCACUUGUAUCACAGCGCUUGAUUGGCUGAUCGUGACACCAUAACUAACCGCUUAUUGGCUUAUUCAAACAAUCCAGAACGUAAAUGUCGGCUGUGUUUAGCAGACGUCCAUGGGGAAGAAAUGAAUGCGUGACAAACGAACCCCAAAGGACGUCUGCGGGGAGGCUAUGUUGGACCAUGUCGGUUGUCGGUUAAUAUUUCUGUCGGUAGUCAGCAGGGGCGGAUCCAGGGGGAGGGUGCAGGGGGUGCCCACCCCUCCCUGAGAUGACCUGCGGUUUUCUAAUACAACUAGUAUCCUGCAAAGAAAAAAAAAACUAUGUGGUUUAUUGGUGUUGAAGUAGAGCAAGAGACGAGUGCACCCCCUCCUAAAAAAGAUCCUGGAUCCGCCCCUGGUCAGUUAUAUUUCUUUGCCGUUUGUCGCUUGUCGGUUAACCCCAUUCAGACCCUCUUUAAGCCUUUUUUAUGGUCUGCCACGACUGAUAUCUAAAUGUGAAGUCAAUGAGUCUUUGUUUUUUCAAAUUAUCGCGUUUAGCGGUGAAGGAAAACAAGUCAAACAUUGUGAUAUCGCGUUUCUAGAUUGGGAACUGUAGAUAGGAUGUGAAAAGUUCGGUGAAAACUUGUCAGAAUUACAGACAGACGCGCGAUAUACUGUAGGACUACUGAACCUGAACGGUGAACUAAAUUAAAGAGUAAAAUUACAUAAUUAUUUGUUUUCUCUGCAUUGCAUCUCAUGCAUUAAGUUUACUGAGUGUCGUGAUUAUUUGUGCGCUUGUAUCUGAGCUCAGGCUCUCAAGAUCUACACUUCUAAGUUAGUAGCACAGUUGCAACAACAAAAAAAGGAAAAAAAGAAUUCAUAUUUUUAAAGAUGCACACUACCUGAAAAUAACAGCACAAAGAUUAAUAUUGGACUGGACAAUAUAUUAUGUUGCAUUUUCGGCCUUUGACGUUUGAGCAAGUAAUCGUACGACGUUUAACGUAUUUGCGCUUUUAAUACAUGCCCUGGGAAAGAGAUCUCUAUCUUGCAGUUGCAACUUAAAGGCGUCUUACAAGGGAAUGUUCGAAAAAUGAAGUUCUUUCCCUUGCUUGUCUUGCUCUUUGCCGCAGACGCGAUAGGUAAGUGAUCGAUUUUUAUUAUGAAGACUGUAAACUGCAUUCUUUUGGUACUCACAGGGACAAAAAAAGUAAAAAUAAAUAAAUCAAUAAAAAUGUAAGCAUCAUUAAGUUCUGUCGCCGAAAAAACCCGAACGCUUACUAUCAUGGUCAAGCAAUUUUAUUAACUUACAUUACGGAAAUAUCCACGAAAUAUAAACGAUCUAGAACAGGAGCUCCAUUCGAGAGCACCUUCCUUCGUGUCGACCACGCGAGAAUCGUAAAGGUAUCGCUUAGGUUUGUGCGUAAAUUUAUGUCUAUAUAAUAUAGAAAGAAUCAAAAUAAUGCUGUGUUGCUCGGUUGGAGUAUGUUCUCUUUUAGCGGUCAAAUAAAGCCCGAGCCACACCCAGUAGAAAGCAGAAAAUAAUAUCUCCUUUUGAACAUAAAUCGCUUUUGAUUAAAGAUUUAACUUCCUUAUGUCUUUUGAAUCAUUUCGUUCUUUAAUCAUUUCAAAGUUUUUAAUUUUUUCGGAGGUUAUCCACCCUUGGAAGUGCAAAAGAAUGAUGGAAUCUAGGAACUUAAUCGGUCAUUAGGCGGACUUAUUUAACACUUGACUGCUCAUGGAGGCGUCAUUUAAAUAUUAGAUACCUUAAACGAAAAAAAUGUUUAUUAUAUUGACUGAAAAAACAAAUUGUCGGCUCGUAAGGUCCCUACUAGAAUUUUCCAAAAAACACUGGUUAUAUUUAUUUGCAAUUCCAUCGAAGCAUUUCGCAGCUUAUGUUGCUUUUCUUUAUUGAGCUGCUGAGCUGUUCCUAACAGUCUGCCAUGUCCCGGAUCGAGAAAAACGUGGAGUUAGUGUAUGUGUCCUUGUAUUUCAGUUCUGUUGUAGAAAACGAAUCUUGUGAUAUUUAUAGGUGGUUCUAGAGAAGAGCCUGUAGACAGGAUGUUACAAAAGGACGGUGAAAUCGUGACAGAAUUGCCUUAUGUGUGUAUGUGGUUCUUUUACUGACGAAAUAAAUAGGACUAUUUAGUUACCUGGUGAUCAAGUUACCUGCCUGGUGAUGGUGAUAAAGUAAAACUACGGAAUGUUUUUGGCUAUGCAUCCAGGCGAAUCAAUGUGUACCGCGUACUUAUAUUUUGCACGAUUGUUUUGUUUUGUUACGUUUGUUUGUGAAAUGCUUUAACUAGAACGUAAGACUCGAAUUAACAACACUUAUGAGUUAGUACAACUAUCUAUCAAUUCGAAGAAGAGAGAAGAAUAAACUUGAAACGUUUUAUUCAUUUCAAAUUUUUGAGGGCACUCUUCCCAAAAACAAGGGUAAUUAAUAAGGACAAUUGGACACUGAACUAUAUAAAACAUGACGUUGCAUUUUCAAUUCGGCAUUUGACUUCCUGUUGGGUUCCGAUUCGAAAUUAAUAUUAAAGGUACUGUCAACUUUGAACCAAUCAUAGCCGGUUAGAGUAAGUAAUAUUACUUUCAACACACAUAUUUCGCUGUUUUAAUAUCCACCCUGGGAAGAGGUCUCUAUUUUCCGUCAAAGAGGAAACGCAUCUUACAAGGGACUGUUCGAAAUAUGAGGUUGUUUCCCGUGCUCGUUUUUCUCACUGCUGUAGACACGAGUGGUGAGUGACUUAGUUGUGUCAUUUUAAUGUUGACUCCUGAGGAACAAAUUAAAAAAAAAAUUGCACUGAAAAAGGUGAGUCCAAAAUCUCUCGUGCAAGAAUAAGGAAUGUAAACUACAACGUAAUGCUGAUCGCAGAGAUUGAAAAGCUUGCUAUCAAUUGACUUUGCAUCUCGUUUGAGCCUCUUUAUGGGUACCUGCGCUGCGCCGGGACGUCGUUUUCGUCGCGUGUUUUCCAUCAAAUCGUCGGUUUUUCAACGAAAUUCUCGCAAAUCAAGAAUUGUUUUGCGAGGUAACGCUACUAGCAAGUUUGGAAACAAAAACGUUGACGACGGAAAUUAAAAAUUACCAGCUUAAAGGGGCUGUGUCACGGCAGUCCAGUUCAUUUUGUUUAAUUUUGUCAAUUACUCGCCCUCAAUUGCUAUGAAACUUAAAGUAAGUAAAGAAAUUACAUGUAAAUAACAAAAUCAGAGAUCCGAGACAAACAAAUAUGUCUCCUGAGCAUUAUUUUUGAAGUUGCAAGUAGCAGGGAUCAACUUUGAAAAACUGUUAGGCUGGACAGUUUUCAAAAACCCUAAUUUCAAUCCGUUUCAAUCUUCUUCAGUUUUGCCCAUCCGUGGCAUCUGUUGUUUCUGUUAUGUUAUUUUAACCUUCCUUUAAAGUUUUAAGCAGUUAUUUUUAUGUUUUUCUUAAUUUAACAGGCAUUUUGUAAUUUCCUAAUUUGGCUGAAUUUCGUGUGACAGCUCCUUUAAGCAAACGAAAACGUGCAGGUAAUCAUUGAGCACACUUAUGCUCAUCCCCUCAGGUGUAUAGCGUACGAUCCCCGCCAAAAUUCAUGGUUUGUAUUUCAAAUUGUUCAUGUAUUUAUUUUUUUUUUCAACUUCAACACUUGAAUUUUAUGGCUGAAUUCAAUAUUUUACACUCUUCCUGUUUAGAGUUCACGUCAUUGGAAAACGUUUUUACACUUGUCUUUUAGCCUUUGAACAUUGACCUUGCUAGCUGUACAUUUUCCACUCGCUUUGUCAAAUUACACAGUCAAACCAUGCAAUAUUCAACUCGACAAACAAAUUUUUAUACACUGCUUCUUUUUAUUAGUUUUGAUGCCUGAACCAGUAUUCUACAUUUGACUGAGAUGCCAAUUUUUCAUUCGAUACUCAUUCGCCGCAUUUCGCCAGUAACCGCGUCAAAUUUCAAACUCAACAUCGUAUAUUUUCAACUCAACCUUUGAAUUUUUGUCUUAACAGUGGCUGGUCCAACCCAGUGCAACUCUUGUCAGUCCAGUGAUGCAGCCCAAUGCACCACUUCUCCAAGAAACCAAGUUUGUGCAACAGAUGGAGAAUCCCUUGGUACAACUCACUGUGGUACCGCUGCCAUAAAGUAUGUAAAUUCAUUCGGACCAAACGAUACCCGGGUUGAAAUAGUCGGAGGAUGCUUCGAUUGCGCAGGUAGGUUGGUUUUAAGGCGUUUCGAUACAGUUUUUCAGAGACCAAACCAAUCGCCUUAAAAGUGGCUUCUUCCUUGUCCGAUCGCUAAAAAAAUUUUCACCAGUAAUUGGCUAUGGAUUGAAAAUUGUGAAAUGUAGUUUUAAGUAAACCGAUAUUACUAUGACAACAAGAAACAAAAAACUUUGAAAUUGAUAAAAGCCGAAUUUUGUGUGAUCUAGAUCAGCUACUGAAAAUCAAACACUAGGAACUUAAACUUUGGUGUUUAGCAAACAAUCUCAGUAAGAAGUAAAAAGUUCUGUAUGUUUGAAUUCGACUAAAACGAAAAUAUAUUUCAAACGUAAUCGAUUAUUUAAUCAGAACGUGGGGAAAUGCGUGACAGACUAUUCAAUAAAAACGUUAUAAAUGACUCAAAUUUUAAUAUUCUUAAGUAGUGUCAGAAUGCUGCUUAAUAUCAUAUUUUGACGCAAGGAAAUUUUGCUGUAUUUUCGUUCAUGCGAUCUUCAAGCGAUCUUGAAAACUAACCCGUAUUCUCACUACCUGUUUAAGUGCAACUUCAUUCAAAAUUUGGACUUUUAGCGCUUUUUUUUAUAUCUCUGAAGCGACCCUUCACAUAAUCUUCAUAAUGUAUAUAACUGAAGGUCUAAAACUUUCAUUGAGAUUGAUUCACUGCAACAUCUUAAAAUUUCGAGACAAACCUAUCCUACGAACUUGUCAAAAAUCUGCGUCCACAUUCACUGUUUUGACGUUAUGCUAAUUUUUCCAAAAUAAUCCGCACUAUACGUACCUCCAUUGCUAGCACAUUUUAGUUGAAUUUAUCGCAUCUUUUGAAGGUAAAACAUUGACAAUACUCACAAUGAAAUGUACUAGUCAUGUAUAUAGGUAGAAAUUAUGUCAUCUUAACUUAGAUCAGCGUGCCGCGUGGGAAAUUUCAUUCAACCAAUCAGAAGAACUACCUAGAUCUGUCUAGUGACGCGUCAUCAGUAUGGAAUUUCAACGCUCGUUUCAUUUGGCGGGGAAACCAGUGGUAGCGUUCUCGGGCAUGAAGUUUUUUCACCUGAGCGUUCGCUUAACCAACCAAAAGCCAAACGCGUUUGUAUUCGUUCGAUAAACCAAUCAAAUCGCUUUAUUUCUGUUUGUUGUUUCUGUUUUGUUCGCGCGUUUUCAUUGGCCGUGGAACAUUCCGGAACGUGCCGGAACAUUCCGGAACAUCCCAGAACAUGAAAAAAUUUUUAAAAUUUUAAAAAAAUAAUAGCAAGAAAUAAAUAAGACAAUAAAUAUAGACAUAACUAAAGAGCCCAAAAAAUAAAACUAAAGAAAGAAAGAGCAUAUGAGUGAAGGCUCCAACACUUUCCCGCCAACUCAGCUCAGGAUCACAUGUGUCGUGAAUGCCGAAGGGCCGUUCUUCACGAUAUCACAGUUUUAAAGCAAACAGGGUUUAUUUCACAGCUUCGAUCCCCACAGUACAACGGCUCGCUCACACACUACACAAAAUCGUGACUUUCUUGAAUCUAUAAGCUUUUGAUUUUAAUGCGAUCUGUCAUCAAGUUCUCUGUCGCUCUGACAGACGAGUGAAACUAUUAAUAACAAAAUCGAAGGGAUAAUAAAAUCACGCCAUCUCACAAUCACGCUACACUCUUGCUUCAUAACAACAUGGAAAGCAAACAUGGAUUCAGACAGCAGUUCGGACGAUGACUGCCAGGUAAUUCGUGCAGUUUGUGAGGAAAGCUUAAAAAUUCCCGUCUUUGCGACCCAAUCUACUAUAUUUUAAAGAGGCGAACCGUCAAUCAUGACCAUCAUUUGCAUGGAACUGCCCUCACUCGCCCAGCAAAUCAAUUCCGACCAAGAGAGGAUAAAGCUUCAUCCUCUCGUGAUUCCCACAAAAUAUUGUUUCCUUAUACUCGGAGAAGAUACUAGAUUCAUUUUCUUUAUUUAUUUUUCGUUUUCAUUUUAUGUGUUUAUGUUUAUUUUGGUUAUAUAUAAAGUAUAUUUAUUGUCUUAUUUAUUUCUUGCUAUUAUUUUUUUAAAAUUUUAAAAAUUUUUUCAUGUUCCGGGAUGUUCCGGAAUGUUACGGAAUGUUCCGGAAUGUUCCGGCAUGUUCCGGAAUGUUCCAUGUUCCGGGUUUUAUCGACGGCCGUUUUCAUUUCAAGGUCGUACGAAAAUCGCUCUAUUUCUAUGUUUCACUCAGUUUGGUGGUGGUAUCACUGUUUAAAUUUUGAUUAAUUUCGUGACACAGCUCCUUUAAAUUUAUAAUAUUUCGUUAAAUUUUCUGUUGAUGUUUGGCACGUCCACGUUUAAACGAGUCUUGUACAUUGCUUUAUUCUUGAUGAAGAAAAUACUUGCUAACUUGGUGCUAAAUAUAAUUUUCGUUACAGAUAAGACCGCAGCGUGCUUUUUUCUUGGAGGCUAUUUAAGGAACAGAGGUCGAAUCCUGUUACAGUGUAAGAUUGAAUGCUGCUCCGUCGACAACUGCAACACUCAGAUCCCUACCCUGUCACAAGAUGCAGUUACUGUGUUUUCCCCAAACGGUAACGGCACUUUUACUCAACGUAUGACUCCACACAUAAAAAGUAAACUAUGCAACCCCCCCCCUGCCAUGAAAGAUAGAGCACACCACCAGGAGGGUCCCCAACAGGUUUUUCGGGAUCCGGAAUUUCCCUUAUUUGAAGCUCGGGAUUAGGGAUUUAAGAGCAAAAUCAGGCUAGAUUCGGGAUUUAACUAUAAAAAUUAACUUUAAAAAUGAACAACGUUUACAUGCUUAAUUUUUAAUUCUUAUCUUGAACUUAAAAGGAACCUCGGACGGUUGAAACGUCUUUCAUUUUUAACGUUAAUUUUUAUAAUUAAAUCCCUUUGAUUGUUGAUUCGAUAACUGUUAUUUUUUGUUAAGUGGUACUUAAAAAAAAGUGGACGAAGAGAAGCGUGUUCAAUGUGAUUUAUGCAUUUUCUUUUGGUCGAACAAAGCCCCACCUACGGGAAUAAUUUGUCUCUAACAAUUUUGGUUUUUGCUUUAAUUUGCUCCAGUAGACAGGCCUUUUCCUUUAAGAGUUUCUUGUUCAAAAACUAACGUGCUUGCUUGCGACGAACAGAGAAAAUCACAAAUUUUUAGAAAAAAACUUGUCAACUUCACAGACUAGUUCUGUGUGCACGUCUUGAAGACUCGAAAGUGAGGCUAUAUACUAUGCUACAAUAACUAAAAAAAUUACAUAUGGUCACGUCAACUGCUUGCCAUUUUUUACCUAUCUUUUACUAACAAAGAAAUAGCACCAAUUCAUCGCUUAGGGUAAAAAAGGUUCCUCCAUUUGCCAUGUAGCAGCAAAGUUCAUGCUUUUAUCAAAUUAAGGUGUAUAGACUUUGCUCGCUUGGCGUCAAGAAAAGCUCAAUAGAGACCUUAAGCUCGAGGUUUUACGGCAUUUCCUGCGAACCGCAAACGCCAAGAAGUCACGUGACUAGUGCCUUGCCGUCAUGUUUGCGGUUUGAGGUUCACGUUUGUACGGCUAGAUUACGCUCUACAGGUAAGUGAUUUACCGCAAGGUUUUUUGUACUCUAAAACUUCACAAUCCCACGUUUGAGAGAAAAUACUCCUUUUUAGAACUCUUUCGCUAAUUAAUUAUUGAACUAUUUUUUAUAGAGACGUAACUUUGAAGACGAUUUCUCAGUUAAAAUAGAAGUAAAUGAAUGAAUAAAAACAAACAUGGCAGCCGCAAGCUACCCGGCCGCGAAUCUUAAUUCCUAAAUAUGGGUAGACGGAUAACGUGAAACCGCUAACCGCAAACCGCAGAUUGCCGCUUGCGGUAAGACGGCCAAACCUCGAUCUUAAGGUCUCAAUUGUAAUCUGCGAACAAUCUUUUUUUUUGUGACAGCCCCUGGUCCAACACAAUGUCAGAGUUGCGAGGAAAGUGAUCCGUACACCUGCAGUUAUAGCCAGAGACCCCAAAUGUGCGCGACGAGUUCUCGUUCACUCGGAACAACUCAUUGUGGCUCUGCGACAGUUAAAUAUCGUGACGAUCGUGGUGUCUAUAAUCGCACUUUACGAGGAUGUAUUAACUGUGCGGGUUAGUAGAAUUUUACAUUUUGGAGGGUCGGGAGAACAGGUCUCUCCAGUUCUGUGAUCUUGACUAAAAUCUUCCCUCACUCCUGUUACUCUAGACGUCUUUUAUCGGCUAAUCCCGAUCUCUCACAUUCGUAUUAAUUUUUAAGUGCCUUGCAAAGCCUUGAAUUUCUCUCAUAUUGACAGUGGGCUAAAAAAAGUGGUGCGGCUACAGUAGACUCGUCAUGGGGACGAGAAAAAUGUGGGCAACUUGUGUCAAGUCCAAAUGAAAUGAUUUUUCACUUUUCUUAUCGGAAACCACUUCUCUACGACAACAUUUCCUGAAUCUGGCAUCGUAAAAUCGCUAAAUCGAAUGUCUUAAAUAAUAACACUACCGAACCUAGCUCCUAAUCUUUAAAAUCCUGAGUUCACCAUCUCUUCAGUUAAGCCAAACUUUCCCAUAUUGAAGUGACGGGAUUCUUAUUCCCUCACUUAAGGGUAUCGAAAAAUUGCGAAUUUUGGUCUCACUUAAGGUAUUAACGACGUAAAGCUAAUAAUUUUAUCCACAAGAGAGGAUGAAUUCAUUCUCACUUGCUAAGGGUUGCAAGAAGGACAAAACCUCCGCAAAACAAUGUUUUCGAGCAUGGUCUCUUUUAGGUGGGGUCAAAUAAAGCCGGUAGAAGUCAAUGUCUCGAGUAUUAUAUUACCUUGAUUUUUAAAUGAUCUGUUUACAGAUAAAAGAGCAGCUUGUGCUACACUUGGUGGCUAUCUGAGAUCAUUUUAUAGAUCGUACACUUUUUUGGAAUGUGAAAUCGAGUGCUGCACCGGUGAUAAUUGCAAUGACGGAGGUAAUAAAUGAAAGCUAGAAAAAUUUUUUAUCUUACUUAGCUGAAAUACCCUUUCAUGCAUGACUUAAGUAUAAGAAAGUUAAAGGUAAUGCAUUCUCGAGUAACUCUUUGUUACGAACCAUACCGUAAAUGAUCGAUUAAGCACCGCGGCGCUUAUUUAAUUAUCCCCGUUAUAGGUGCGGCGCUUAUACGAGAGCGGGUUAAGUGAGGCGUGUAUUAGGUAUGCACGAUUCAAUAUAAAGUACACCUCAAAUAGUUGGUUGAAAGUACUUGCCCUCGUUUUCAAACUCGUUUCCUGGUGUUUGGAUAUCGGAAAAACACUUCUUCUUGUGUUCGAUAUAACUUCUCGGUGUUUAGAUAUCAGAUGAAACACUGCUUCUGGUGUUUGAUAUAUCACCUCUCGUUGUUUGGAUAUCAGACUGAAACACUCCUUUUCGUGUUUGAUAUUUCACCUCUCGGUGUUUGGAUAUCGGAUGAAACACUCCCUCUCGUGUUUGAUAUAUUACUUCUCGGUGCGUGGAAAUCGGAAAAAAAAAAACACUUCUUCUCGUGUUUAAUACAAUGCUUACCUAAUUGUUUAUUCAGACAAUGGUCCAGGACAGUGUAUCGCGUGUACGGAGUUCCAGGGUGGCCCAAUCAGACCCUGCAGCUCUUCAAUGCAAAGGAACCAAACGUGUUUGACGGGUCGCAGUUCCCUCGGUACAACUCAUUGUGGUUCGGCAGCAGUGAAGUACCGUGGGGGCUUUUUUGAUGGCACCAAUAUCGAUAUAAUUCGAGGAUGUUUUGACUGCACGGGUAAGUAAAAGUAUUACUUUUAACAGUUUUAUCACAGAAAAAAUAAAUCAUAAAUAGAAACUGCUACGAUAAUCACAAUCUUUCCAUUCAGAUAAAAAAGCAGCCUGCUAUUCUCUUGGAGGUUAUCUGAAGACUGAACGAGGAGACACAUUGCUUGAGUGCGAAAUCGAGUGUUGCAAUAGCAGUAGAUGUAACACGAAGAACUCAUCUUUGACACAAGACGCGGUAACUGUGUUUACACCAGAAGGUAUUAUAUUAAAUAUUUUCAAAUUGUAUAUUUUACAGAACCAGAGCUAUGCGAGUUUACCGUGAACGUUUGUCAUGUUUGGACCAAACCACUUGGUCUCUAUCAGCCGUCAGCUGAAAAACGGAUUAGCGAUUGUCACAUGUUCGCUUGUAGCCUCCCACGCAGACGUUCGUAGGGCUUCGUCACCCGUUCCUUGCUCACGAACGUCUGCAGGAGGGCGCGUCACGAAGCCCUAAAAACUUCUGCAUGGGAGGCUAGUUCGCUUGCGAUCGUGUAAUCAAGGGUACAGUGCCAUAAACGCAUGGUAGCGCUAGUCCCUUGUCCCUGUUUCGUGACGUUGGACUUAGGUACUAGUUUUUAACCCUGUCACUGCCAAUUGUGGCUAAAGGCAAAACUGAACAAAAAUUCCCAAAUUUCAUUUUGCAAAAUUUUCAAAAACAAAUAGUACCAUGUGAAAGUACAGGUAGAGAGCUUUCAUUUGAAUGGUCACAUCAUAGGAUUUCGUCCACAGACUCAAACGUUAGAGCCCCCUUACAAAACUCCUCUAUUCACUCUGGCAGUUAAAGGGUUUUAACUGCCUAUUAAAAUAGUCUCUCUGGUCUGACUUUACUUCUCCCCUUUUGCUAUGGUAUGGGCAGCCUCUGGACCGUCGCAAUGCCAGGAGUGUUUCGACGAUAAUGAUGCAGAGUGCAUUGAGAGACAAGGCCCACAGGAUUGUAGCCGAGAUUCGCGUUCACUCGGAACAACUCACUGUGGCUACGCCAAGAUAAAGUAUGCGUCCACUUUUGGUAUACGUGACGCGGUUUAUAGAGGAUGUAUUAAUUGCGCAGGUACGUUUAGCAGGAUAAUUCUGGAAAUACGAUAUCACAGGAACUAGAAUAAUAAUAAUAAUAAUAAUAAUAAUAAUAAUAAAUACUUAGGGCGCUAUGGACUUCAGUUUUUAGGUUUUUGGUUUUUCUCUAGAAAUCUAGAAACACAAGCUUGCUGACGUUUUUACUUAGAUUUUUUAGAACAUUAGAGUGUGAUAUUAUUAUAAAUAUGUUUUUAGUAGAGAUAGCGAAGGUUUUACAGAGUAUCAGAAUUUAAUAAUAUUCUAAAUUGGCUUUUUAAGUAGAGAGACUUAUAUCACUAUGUAUUUUAGGAUUGUAUUCGUAUCGACCAUUUUUUACUUCUAAGUAUAGCUUCUCAAGUGGUGUAGGUUACGCUAUGCGCCCUAUACUACUCAUAAUGUGGACAGCAUUCCAAAGUUUCAUACUGCGACAUAAUAAUAAUAAUAAUAAUAAUAAUAAUAAUAAUAAUAAUAAUAAUAAUAAUAAUAAUAAUAAUAAUAAUAAUAACAAUAAUAAUAAUAAGCUCCCUCCUGAACAAGAGUGGCUAUGGGUACAACACCCCCCAUGGAAAGAUCAGCCACCUCUUCUACAUGGAUGACCUGAAGACCUACGCAAAAAGUGACGACGAACAAACGGGCCUGUUGAAAGCCAUCAAAUCUUUCAGUGACGACAUAGGCAUGGAGUUCGGAUUGGACAAGUGCGCCAAGGCCACCUUCAAGAAAGGGCAACUAGGCCGACUCUAGUAACAUCAAGCUCGACGUCAACACCAUCAUACAGGACUUAGAACAGUAAGGUACCUACAAGUGCCUCGGAGUAAGCGAGGGAGACGGAGUCCAGCACUCUCAGAUGAAAGAGAAGAUCCGGAAAGAGUACUACCGCAGGAUCCGGAUGGAACUCCGCAAACAAACUGAAAGCCAUCAACACCUGGGCAGUACCAGUGGUAACUUACAGUUUUAACGUCACAAACUGGACAUUACAAGAAAUGGCCAAACUUGAUACAAAGGUUAGAAAGUUCCUGACCGUGUACAAGAUGCACCACCCCAAAUCUGACGUGGACAGGCUUUACCUGCCCAGAAUGGAAGGAGGUACAGGGGGCUUACAGCUGGAGCUUUCCUACAAGUCAACCACUAUCGGUCUUGAUAAAUACCUCCAGGAGACACAGGAAACCCUUCUCCACUUUGUUAAAGACCAUGACGACAGGAACUUCUUGUACUCUAUCAACAGACAUCAUCUGGUUAUGUAAUAUAUUCCCCUAAAAAGAACAAAGGGUACCAAGGAAAGUGAAAAAUAAGGCGGUAAAGAGCCCCAGCUUUAACACAGACUUUCCUAAACACUUCUUUGACGUGACAAAUAAGUUAAAUCUUAAUCUAAAUCAACACCUAUGAUCUAACUACCUUUACUACUCGAUACAGUUUCUGACAUCAUUUUGGCAGGUUCUGUUCAUUUCUUUGUGACAACUUUAGUGGGUGCCAAAAAAACUAUCCAAGAAAGUUUGGUUAAAUUAUUAUGACCCCAUGACCACAUUUCGAAACCAUAGAAACCUAUUGUCACCAUAUCUUGGUAAAAAGAAAUAAACAAACAGCUACGAUCGAAAAACUGGCACAAACGGUUUGACAAAAGUCGGAGAAAGAAGCUUAAUUAAUAACGUUACUAAAACUGCAUUCAGUGGGUACAUAUCAUGAAGAUGUAGCUUGCAAAAGAUACAUUUAUUACUGACUUCAUUGUUUUCAGAUAAAAAGGCAGCCUGUGCAAUUAUAAGUGGCUACAUUAAAUCACGCAGGAGUGGUCUCUUGCUGACAUGUGAUAUCCAAUGUUGCACAAGUAACAACUGUAACGAUGCAGGUAAUGUAUGACGCGUUUCGAUCCGGGGGAACCCUAUUUUAGCCUAUGCAAAGAGGAUCCCCCCUCCCCAAAAGGAGAAAAGAAAGGGAAAUCUGCCAUUUCAGUCUGUAAAAAGGCCCAAAAGGACUGAAAGAUGCAUUUUAAGGCUGUGAAAAUGCUCAAAAACGACGAACCCUUAUAUAGUUAAAUGAAGGACAAUGUCAUUUUAACUCAGCUUGUACUCCGGUCCACUUAUUAACAGUUUCAAGUCAAAGGUCUCUCCCAACUAAAUUAAUUAAAUUUAAAAAGGUGGUCUUGAAGACACUAGAGUAUCCCUCACCACCAAAAACUGAGCUAACUGAGCUCGUCGAAAGGUUCAUUACUUGCCUCUUUUCGCUGAUAUGUCAGGUAAUAUGAACUUUUUCCUCACAGCUGCCGGUCUACCGACAUGUACUCAUUGCUUGGAUACUUGCUCCAACAAGGAUCCUCCCCAAGCCUGUUCCCUAAAUCCAAGUUUUGGUUCGCUUGGGACGACUCAUUGUGGCUCUGUAGUAGGUAGUUAUCGGGAUGGCUCCGGAAAUGUUAAGGAUUUGGCAUAUCGAGGAUGUUUUGACUGCGCUGGUAAGUUAACAACCAGUUUUCACCACACUGAGGCUUAGGGCCAAGGCUCUCUCCUGGGAACGAGGUCGUCGAAUCAAGUCACUAAGCAGUUUGACGUCAUAGAACUUUUCAUGUAUUUACAAUGUUACUAUUACAAUUAGUUUUGUUCUCGAACUUUCGCUGGUUAACUUAAACGCAGGUGUAUUUUCACCUUAUUUUCUCCAACCCCGACUUUAGGGUAACAUUUGCAAAAGCGAGCACCUAAAGGCGUUUUGAAGAGCCAAUUUUGUAGUUUUCCCUAAUGGUGAGAGUGUAGAGCCGGGUUUUUAAGCCACGCUUUACCAGCUGUGUGAUUUGCCCAUGCGUGAUUCUUGUUAGGGACAAGCCAUUACAAGAAUUUGCCCAUAAAUCGGGCUUAAAAAGUUAAAAACGACUUAUUAAAAGUGAUGCCCCGGUUGUUCAAAGUUAAAAAAAAACUGAUUGCGUUAUCCGCUGGAUAGUUAUUUAUCCAGUUGAUAGCGCUGUCCACCUUUCCAGAAUUUCAGUUUUCGAGGUUCUCUUUCAAUCCGUUAGGUUGCUCAUGCAACUUGCAAGGAUCACAUCCAAAGUUAAGAACAAUCCUGACAGAAUCUCCUUAAGCAUUUUUAGAAGGACGAAAGAAGGGAAAAUUUCUCAAAUUAAGCUACACGACACUGGUAUUGUUGAUAUCGUUGCUUUCAAAGAGAAGUUCUGCAGCGCACGCUGCAUUAAAAUCUUGCACUUCAGAGAGCCAGUUUACGUCGGUAGGUGUCUACAUUCUUAUCGCCACCUUAAGAAAACCAAGUGACAUUUCUUUAUCAGAUAAAAAAGCGGCUUGUUUUGCUCUUGGUGGUUACUUGAAAAUGGCAAGAUCAUUGACUUUGUUGGAAUGUGAGAUCGACUGCUGCACUGGGAAGAACUGCAACACACAAAUACCGACCGGAUCGCCAUCAGCCAAUGCAGUCAAAGUAUUUACAACAGCAGGUAAUUAGACGAAGGUUGUUCUAUUCUUCAAGUAUCGUAUUAGAGAAAAAAGGAGGUAGAGGUGAAUACUAAACGCAUUAUUCAAUUUAUUCAAAGGCAUUCCAUCUCGUUAAUGGAGGACAGAGUUUCGCAGGUUAAGCGGUUUAAUUUUAAGUGAGUUUGGCCUUUUUUUGGAAGUGUAUUUUUCAAGUGCGUUUGUUGUUCACUUCUACCAUGCCACUACUAACUAGAAAUACGUGAAUCGCAGAGCGAAGCAAAGGCUAAAGGCCAGAAGUAAGAAGAAAGGGAAAAAGCCGAUAGGGAAAGGAAACUUUAUUUAUAAAUAUAAAAAAACAAAACAACAACGAAAAAAAAAUAAAAUAAAGAAGGAGAGAGGUAGAAGAUCAGGAAUCGAACCUCGCGCCUCCAGAUUGGCGCGAUUUCUCCUUUACCACUGCUCUACUGAGGAUCACGAUAUAAGCACUAGUAAAAGUAUUUGAUGUAAACCCUUUUCCAUGAAACUUCCUCCAGCAAAGGCAGUUUAAAGCUUAACGAGCCGUAUUAAACACGAAUUCAAAGAUAUAUUUCAGAAAAAUAACCGAAAUAUUGACAGUCCAAAACGAAUUUUGUCUACGGAGUAGGACGCAAAACAUGUUUUCUUUUCCCGAUUUCCGCUGUUAUUUUGAAGUUAAUGGUCCAAAUCACAUCCAUUUUCUGUUAAAGGUACGAAAUUUAUCACCAAUGGCAUUUCUUGUCCUCCUCAAUGGCGGCUAAAGCAACCGGGCAAGUUUUGUGGCGGUUUUGUUUACACGCUGCCUUGUUGCUAGGCACCUGCGUUCGCCCAAACCGAUAGAGAGAGAGAGAGAGAGAGAGAGAGAGAGAGAGAGAGAGAGAGAGAGAGAGAGAGAGAGAGAGAGAGAGAGAGAGAGAUUUUUGACCAAAGCAAGAUCACGCGUCGCUUAGCGAUUGUUGUGCGCGUUGCCGCGCGCUGCAGGCGCUACAAAUUUAUAAACUCGUUUCGCUCGCGGACUUACGGCCACUCGCUUCGCGAGAAUAACAACAAUAAUAAUGAUAACCAUGAUAAUAAAAGAGACGAAUAAGACAGAAAACAUGAAAAAGUAAAAGAAAUGAACACUAUUCACCUGCGAGCCAACCAAGGGCUAGUCAGGCACAAGGCUAUGUUUACUUAUGUAGUGCAUAGCAAAGAGGAUUGUAGUUCUUAAAAAACUGAAGAAAUGUAAUCUGUCUAAUUUGGUAGAGGAAAGAGAGAUAGAAAAGGCGCAUGAGAAAAGGGAGAAGGUAGUCUGGAUUUAUUAGUAAGAGACUUAGGCUAGCCCACACACCACAGAGCUUUUUUGCCGGCUUGAAAAGCAUACCGGCUAUGGCUUCUGUUCUGUUAAGAACGAUGAUUUCGGAGCGAUGUCUCUUAACUGAGCGAAGCUGCACCGCGCCGAUCUCGAAAGUAGAGACUGACUCACAUAUCAGAUAGGUGUUCAUGAUUUACCGAAUAGUCGCGUCGGCACGAAAUGCUACCCCUUAUAGUGUGAAGAUAGCUGUAGUGUGAAUGAGUUACCAUAUAUAGAUCGUUUUCACUGUCACGCAACAAAAAAUAAAUUGUCAACCUUCCAGUAGAAGAAAAGAAAAUGAAAUGUUAUAAAAGACUAGUAUAUAAACAAUUUGUCCAAGUCUCAGGUCUUUGUAGCCCACAGUUUCAGUUUUCACGUUCCUUUGUAGAGCUUAGUACGGAGACGCCAUAUUGGUGUACCGUUUUGGUGCACCAAUAUGGCCGCCGGAAAUCAACAAAAACAUCUAGAGUUCACUUUUUCUAUAAAAGCUCUUCCUUUUUACUCGAGAACUAGCAUACGUGCACAUAAACGUAUGUUCUAAUUCUUGAAAUGGUUAUACUGCUGAAAAUCAAGAGAACAGACUUUUUUUCAAUGAGACAGCUUUCCAAUUUUGGUGUCACGCACUGUGAAAACUCGGAAGUUCAAAUUGCUGUAUUUUCGAAAUGAAACAUGCUACGGGACUAGAAACUUCAACCUAGUGUAAAUAAGAAUGCGUAAAACCUCGCUAUUUUGACUUUACAAUUUGAUGAUGUCACUGUGAAAACCAUCUAUAGGUAAUCAAAAAAGGUGACGCCUUGCGUGAUCUUACCUUUUACCUUAAAAUAUAUUAACUCUCUCUCCCUUUCUCUUCCCCCCCUCUCUCUCCAAUUUCCAACGCUCGUCCCUUAUUCUUCAUUAGUGAUUAAUAGUUAACGGUCGCGUUUUGUUUUCUAUGUUUUUUCAUUCGUUUAGCUUCUGGUCCGAAACAGUGUUUUUUAUGUCUGGGAACUAAUGCGACCAGCUGCUCGCGCUCAAAGAGUCGGAGGACCCAGAUUUGCGCCACUGAUUCAUUUUCACUCGGUACUUCUCACUGUGGUGCUGCAGUGGGUAAAUAUCAGGAUAGCAAAGGAAAUAUCGUGGAUAACUUUAUUCGGGGAUGCAUUAACUGUGCUGGUAGGAAAAAUAAUUUUACCCUUUGCCCAGAAUGAUUGUUGUUACGCUAAUUAUUCUGAUUAAUUCGAGACUUGAAACUCGUUAAUUAAAAUAAGUUCGCAUAUUGAGAAUGGCUUUACAACGGCGCUGAAACAGACUUUUUUACACUCAUUUUUUACCCGACAGAUGAUGUGAGAAUAUUUCAAUAUUGGCAAUGCAAUAGACAAAACAUGUUUUUUUGGACAGGAAUUAUAUUUACAGUUGACUCUCUCUUAACAAAUUUUAAACUUAAAACAUUAUGUUUUGCAAAUAUAAUUCAUUACUUUAUUUUUGUUUUCUUUCUUUAUUUUUUCUAUCACUUUUCCUGCCGUAAGGAUCAGUUUACUGUUUUAAGUUUAAAAUUUGGUACUCAAAGAUUUUACUGAUCCAUGUCAAGAGCCAUAAUAGGACAGAGAGGCAGUCUAAGGGCGUUGGCUGGGAUAUCUUAAUUUCAAAAAAGUGAAUUUUUAGAACUAUGCGGACCACGCGGAAACAGUUUCCGGUAAACUGUUUGACUUCCGGAAGACUCGCUUUCACGAUUCAGCGCCCUCUCUAUCCUAUUAUGGCUCUUGUCCAGGUCUACUAAAGAUCAGGCUGACCCUCACUAGUUUGGGGUUGUGGUUUUUCUCUCACGAGUGUUUCUCUCUUAACAGAUACACCUAUGGCAUCGCUGUAAAACGGACACCUAGAGUUGGUCCCUACCUUUCUUUACUCCCUUUAAUUGACUCUCUAUAAGACGGACAUCUCUCAAAAAGUUGCUUAUUUUCCACUAACGCGUUUUCGCCUACGCACGUUAACGCACGUAAAUUUUAAUCCAUGACGUAAAUAAUAUAGAGCAAGAUAAAAUGUGCUGAGCUUAAACGAGAAGUUGAGCGAGGUUCAACCUUUUGCGCUUACGAGCGACCUUCCAUACAUUGUCUCUAUUUUAUUCACCCGCGUAAAAUUUACGUGCGUACGUACGGAAAAAUUACGCGACAGUGGAAAUCCAAGCUAAGACGGACACUAAGUGUCCGCCUUAGAAAGAGUUGACUGUAGCUAAUUAAUUAAGGUUAGGAGACAGGAGGUUCUCAGCUAAAACGAAUAUAAAAAGUUUUUUGUUAUUAUUCCCUUUUAAUAAAUUCAACAGAAGUCUACUUUUUUUUCGUUUUUGACCGAUGAUUACAGAUAAGAAAGCGGCUUGUGCGGCUGUGGGCGGUUUUCUCAAGGGAGACAGAAGGCAAAGUUUGACCCAGCUCGAAUGCGCAGUCGAGUGUUGCACCGGUGAUGACUGUAACAAAGACAUCAUCCCAGUCUUACAAACAGGUACGUGUAACUGA